AUGGGUAGAUUUUCUGAUUUGAGCUCCGUCGAGAUCGAUUUAAAGUCGCUUAUCGACAAUACCCUCACUGGUGAAUUGGUCAUCGUUGCUAAGAACGCCAUCUCGUUGAAGGAGAUUUCCGUCACUUUGGUGAACCAAUUCACAAAGCAGUACCAAACCUUGCAUAAUCCGUAUGUCAAGAAGUACGACAUCUCGCGCAACUUUUCCCUUGGCGACAACUACAGAUCGUUUGUGAAGGACGCUAUUACCGGUGCCAAGUUGGAAAAGGGAUCGACAAACACAUACCCCUUUGAAUUCUACCUUGACGAAAACUUGUUGAAGUCAAUCAUCGCCGCGCCCAGCUUGAAAAUCGAUUUGAGCAGCUACUUGAGCGUCAAGAUCGUCAGAUCUCAUUCUUCGUUUGGCUCAUCCACUGCGUAUUCGGAAAAGAAGCACUUGGGGGAUUUCAUUAAGGCCAACUAUCACACCCCGUUGGUCAGACAGUACUUGCCUAUCAAAAUUCACUUGGAUGAUGCCAAGGAGAUUCGUGGCAAGGAGUACGAAGUUUCCAGUAUCAAGCUUUCCUUGAUCGAGCAUACCGCCUACAACCACCAUGAUGCCACUGCGUCCCAGUUUGGCUCUCCUUUGAGCAGUACCAAUGUUUCCGAUGACGAACUGAACUCCUCUGCGUCGGCCCUUGAUCUUCAGAAGCACUUCGAUACCACCAGAAAACAGUUGCUCAACAAGUUGGUUGCAAACACGUCCACUUCUGAAUAUGACAGGAGCUGUGACCAGCAUAAGGUUAUUUCCAGCUUCGAGUUUGUUUCUGACGAUUUAGCCACGGAUGUGGGCUUUUCGGCCACGUCCAAGAACCAAAUGAAGAGAAUCGUUGGCCAGAAGUUGUUGCUUCAGAACGUGUUGCCAAAUGUCAAUAUUCCUAGCGUCGUGACCAUCACUCACCGUGUAAAAGGCCAUGCUGUUAGAAUCAACCGUGAAUCUGGUGAGAAGGUUGACGCCGAGCAGUUUGAGCUUCCAGUCAAUGUUAACUAUGUUGACGAAUCUGCCGAGGACGUAUUUUUUGAAGCGUUCUUGGAAUAG